GAGGGUGGGGCGGCUCUGCGCGUGGGCGGAAGCGCGGCGCCCACGUGGUUCCUGCCGGGGACCGCGGAGGGGUCUCGGACUGGGCUGAGCGGGGUCCUGGAACGAACAGAGGAGAACUGAUCUGAGCAGAGUCGAGCAAGACCGAAGGGACCCGAGCUGGCCCGGUUGCAGCCGCCAUGGACCCUCUGCGGGCUCAGCAGCUGGCGGCAGAGCUGGAGGUUGACAUGAUGGCCGACAUGUACAACCGGAUGACGCAGGCAUGUCACCGCAAGUGCGUCCCCCCCCACUACAAGGACGCGGAGCUGUCGAAGGGAGAGAGCAUCUGCCUGGACCGGUGCGUGGCCAAGUACCUGGAGGUGCACGAGCGCAUGGGCAAGAAGCUGACUGAACUCUCGCUGCAGGACGAGGAGCUGCUCAAGCGCAUGCAGCAGAGCACAGGCACAGCCUGAGUCCCCUGUCCCCACCCCCCCAAUAAACUGGAGACUCUGGGCCA